CGAAGCUGUUGUGCAUUGUAAUUAAAUAUCAGAAUGUCCAGAUUAUUUGCCAUUUGCCUGCUGUCGCUGGCGCUUGUCGUGCAGUGCGUGCUGUCCGAGGAACCCGCAGAGGCAUUGAACAAUCACAUUCGCGGACAACUUCAGCAAUACGAGAAGUAUCUGACCAACGAUGAUGGCUCCCACAAGGAGGAUCUGCAGAAGCUGAUCAAGAUCUACGAGUCCGCCCUGAAGACCGAGGACUUUACUGAGAAGCAGGCCCUGGUCAACGGUGUGCCCCAGCAGUUCUCUAAGGAAUUCGGCACCUUUGUCCAGUCAAAGCUGCAGGAGGAUCAAUUAAAUGAGGAUAUUCUCGCCGCGAUCAGCUUCUACAAGUCCCUGGAGAAGGGCGAAUUCAAGACUGACAUUGAGAAGACUUUGGCCGAACUUGAAGGCCUGCAGAAACUGACCGAAUUCGAGGCGAAGAAGAACGGCUUCCUCAACCUGGAGAAGGCAUUCAGUCCCGAAUUUGUGCACUUCCUCAAGAAGGACUCUCUGCCCAAGAUCAACAGUGAUCUGCAGAGCGGCGUUGAGUUCUUCGAGAAGCUGUUAGCCGAUCCCGAAGUUAAGUUCGCCACAGAAAUUAAGGCACUGAAGGCACAGGCCGUCGCCGCCAUCGCCGACGAGAUCUCAAUCGAUGACAAGCAGAAGGCUCUCUUCGAGAUCAGAAAUCCUGCCAACGCCGAACUGACCGAGUUCCUGAAGAAGAAAUUCACCGAACUGAACUAAAGAUUAGAGAUAUGUUUUCAUCUCUUCAAUCAUUGAGAGUAUCUAAAUUAUCUUGAUCAAUUGUCUACGCACAUAAAUUAAAUAAAACUAAA